AUGGAAGAGGUGGCGAUUUAUCGAAAGGUAAUUAUUUACACAACAUUUGCGACGGUUUCUCUAGCAUCGGCUGGCCUUUCCACCUGCAGUCUUUAUGUGUUCGAACCAAUUGUCACAAAUUUAUUCUAUUUUAUCACCAAUCAACCUCUGGUUCGUGAGCAACCCUUUCAAGCUGUUUAUCCCUUCAUUGAUCAAUAUUCGGAUAAAUACUUCUUGGCCUGUUACAUCCAUUUAACAUACGGCGGAUAUUGCACAGCGACUGUAUUCAAUGGCAUUGACAGCGUUUUUAUAACGGCAUGUUUUCACAUUGCUGCUCAAUUCAAACUAAUUACCAUGAAAAUUCGAAAUUCACUUGGAAAUACACAACAAAAUCAUCCCUUUUCAGCAGCAAAAAACCGUGAAGUUCGCCACAAAUUAAUUGCAGCCAUAAACGAGCAAAUAAAAUUAUUUGAUGUCAUUGAUUUAUUCAUAAAAGCAUUCACAUUGAUUAUUAUGAUGCAUUUUAUAUCGGUUGCGCUCAUCAUUGGAAUCGGGUCGAUUAAUCUUUUGAAGAGUUUGGACAUUUGCAAGAUGGUUUGCGAUUCAGACUGGUAUUAUCUGGAUGUGAAUAACCAAAAAAUGAUUCAUAUGUUGAUUCUAAGAGGACAGAUGGCCAAAUUUGUAAAGGUGCCGUUUUUUGAAGUGACAUUAACGGCAUACACCAAGAUCAUGAGCACAGCCGGAUCCUACAUAACAUUAUUGAAUAAUAUGCUUAAGAACUGA